GUACACAGAGGGGCCGUUCCUCAGGAACAUGUACUGGGAGGUAUGGUACAACAACAAGAGUCUGUCGGAGAAUCACAGUCUCAUCUACUACGAGAAUCUCCUUCUCGGGGUGCCGCGUCUCCGACAGGUCAAAGUUCACAAUCAGUCCUGCAACGUCCCUGAAGACCUGAGAGUGGAGGUGAGAGAUUGUUACAACUUGUACACGUCAGCCAACGAGGACACCAGUCCAUUUGGCCCCAAGAAUGGAACUGCCUGGGUCUACACACCUGAGAGUGAGAUGAAUGGCAGCAGUUACUGGGGUCAAGUGUCAAAUUAUGGCGGUGGCGGGUACUACCAGGAUCUGUCUCGUACAAGAGAGGAGUCAGCCGUCCAGCUGCGGUUUCUCAAAGACCACCUGUGGCUGGACAGGGGCACCAGAGCGGUCUUUCUGGACUUUUCUGUCUACAACGGAAACAUCAACCUCUUCUGCAUCAUCAGGUGAGACAACACAUUCACACUACAUG